UCCAGCUAGGUUUCCGGGGCUCACCAGGCUCUCAGGACAGCAGACGCCCGCCCCAUCUGCGCUAUGGGCUCUGAGGCGGCGCAACUCCUAGAGGCUGCCGACUUCGCGGCUCGCAAGCACCGACGGCAGCGGCGGAAAGACCCCGAAGGGACCCCCUACAUCAACCACCCCAUCGGUGUUGCUCGGAUCCUGACCCACGAGGCGGGAAUCACUGACAUCGUGGUGUUACAGGCAGCCCUGCUCCAUGACACGGUGGAGGACACAGACACCACCCUUGACGAGGUGGAGCUGUACUUUGGGGUCCAAGUCCGGCGUCUGGUGGAGGAGGUAACAGAUGACAAGACUCUGCCCAAGAUGGAGAGAAAGCGGCUGCAGGUGGAGCACGCACCCCACAGCAGCCCAGGGGCUAAGCUGGUGAAGCUGGCAGACAAGCUGUACAAUCUGAGGGACCUAAAUCGCUGCACCCCAGAGGGAUGGUCCGAACAUCGAGUCCAGGAGUACUUUGAGUGGGCAGCGCAGGUGGUGAAGGGGCUUCAGGGAACAAACCCGCAACUGGAAGAGUCUCUAAAGCAGCUGUUUAAGGAGCGGGGGCUGACACUCUGAGCAGUGCUUGGAGCCAUCAAGUGGCAGACUCCAGCCUUGCCCAGGCCAGCCUUUCAAUGCCUUCCAAGCUCGUCCCUGGUUCGCUCAGCCUAGUAGCCAAAAAUACUUGUCUUUUCUCACUCUGAAGUUCUCCUGCCAACUAAGCUGAGCUCUGGAUUGUGGGCGUCAGAUGCAUCCCAUCCACUUCUAAUGCAUUCACUGCCCUUCAGGCCUCGGGUCUGUUUGCCGUUUUGCAUAGUGGGAUCUCUGGCCCCUUAGGGACUUGGGCUUAUAUAAACUCUAGUUUAUAGUCGUUAUGGAAAAUAAAGCAUUUUGGGUAAAGGUUUAAGUUGCUGCUUCUCCUUCUCCAGCCUUGAGUGGGGAACCAGUAGAUGGGAUACCUACCUUGCCCCCUGAAACAGGUCCCUUGGGUUAAAGGACUCAACCCCUCUGAGCCUGGCUUCCUUAUCAGUGAGAAAGGUUAUGUGAUUCUCAGGUUUAGAUUACUUGAUGCGCCUGAUGGAGCCUGACACAUAAGUACUCAAAAAAUGGUAGUCUGCCUUGCUAAGUUGGUUCGAGUUACAGAUGUACUGGAAAGCACUGCCACCUGCUGAGCACAGGAGAGGCCCCAGCAGCAACAUAAGAGGGCCGGUGGGGGACUGCAGGUCCCUUACACUGCAGGUUGCAGCCCACCCAGUUCUCAGUCCUAUCACCUUGUGGAUUCCUUUGGUUGCUAAGCAACAGGAACUUCCGGGCGCCUCCGGGAGUGGCCGAGGGCCCGCCCACGAAGCCAGGUAGUGGGCGGGAUGUGGGAGAGGCGACGGUGCUUUGCCUGGCAUCCGCGUGGAGGGUCACCAGAUGAUGGAUGGGUUUUUGGUUGCUGGUGAGCCACUGAGGCUUAUUAGCCUCCUUGAACAGGGUACAUUUGAGGGACAUGGAAAUUGUUAGUUCAAAGCCACUUCAUGCUGUACCACGAUGAUUCUUCACCCAAAGGCGGCCCUGAGUGCAAUUUCUGCAGGAAAAAAAGGCGAAAGGCACCAAAAAGAUGACUUCAAAAAGAAAGCGAGUUUCAGGACAGUCCCAUAUAAACGGAUAAACAAAGUUCAAAGUAAUCCUCUGAAGGCAAACGAGCGUGGUUUUUUUUGAGAAUUUUGGUUUUCAUUUUUUAAAAAAUUAGUUUAUCGGGGUGGGAUUACAGGAUUUAAAAAAAAAACACUUUCUUAUGCUUCUUAAAAUAUUUGCCAAAGUUUGAAAUCAGUCUGAAGUUUUUAAGUGGCUUAAAAUGUAAGUUUCAAGACAUUAACAAACAUUAACCCCUUCUGUACCUUUAGAAUGAAAAGGAAAGAUUGUCACAAGGUGCUUGAUGUUUUACAAACCUCAUCUGUUCUUUGUAAUGAACCAGAUGAGACAGGCAAGGUAGGGAUUAUUCUCAUUCUACAGAGUAGAAAUAAGAAGCUGGGAGAGGUGAGAAGACUUGUGAAUGAUCAAAUAGAUGGAAUAGUGACCGAAUCAGGACCAGACUCCCGCUUUGCCACGCUGCUGGGCCUCUUAACCAGGGCAAAGUGAGCACAAUUGAGGUCAUUAACCACACUGGACAUAGUAAAAGUCAGGUCUGAAGUGGCCAGUGGAUUUGGAUUAUGAGUUUGAGGCCUCCUUAGAUAACCUGUUUGAGUCAAUACAGAAGGUAUUUGCUUUUUAAAAUUCACAAAUUUUUUCAACAGUCAGAAACCUACAGAAAAGUUGGAAGUACAGGAUGUUACUUUUUUUUUCCUGAACCACUUGAGGUUAACCUGCUGACCCCGAUGCCCUGUUACCCCUACAUACUUUAGUAUUUAGACAAAGAAAUUCUGUAUAACCGAACUACAACCACCCACAUCAAGAAA